AUGGCGUCCCCCACGAUUAAGCUCAACAGCGGAUAUGAGAUGCCCCAGGUGGGCUUUGGCCUCUGGAAGGUCGACAACGCCGUGUGCGCGGAUACCGUUUACAACGCCAUCAAGGCCGGUUACCGUCUGUUUGAUGGUGCUUGUGACUAUGGCAACGAAAAGGAGUGUGGUGAGGGUGUUGCCCGCGCCAUCAAGGAGGGUCUCGUGAAGCGUGAGGACCUCUUCAUUGUUUCCAAGCUGUGGCAGACCUUCCACGAUGUGGACAAGGUCGAGCCUAUUACCCGCAGACAGCUCGCCGACUGGCAGAUUGACUACUUUGAUCUCUUCCUCAUCCACUUCCCUGCUGCCCUCGAGUACGUUGACCCCAGCGUCCGCUACCCUCCUGGAUGGUUCUAUGACGGCGAGAGCGAGGUCCGCUGGAGCAAGACCACCCUCCAGCAGACCUGGGGAGCCAUGGAGAAGCUGGUUGACGCCGGCCUUGCCCGAAGCAUCGGCAUCUCCAACUACCAGGCCCAGUCUGUGUACGAGGCCCUCAUCUACUCCAGAAUUCGCCCGGCCACGCUCCAGAUCGAGCACCACCCUUACCUCCAGCAGCCCGACCUUGUCAACCUUGCCCAGAAGGAGGGCAUCACCGUCACAGCAUACUCCUCCUUUGGCCCCACUGGAUUCAUGGAGCUCGAUAUGCCUCGUGCCAAGAGCGCCGCUCCUCUGAUGGACAGCCCCGUCAUCAAGGAGAUUGCCUCUAAGCACGGCAAGACCCCUGCUCAGGUCCUCCUCCGAUGGGCCACUCAGCGCGGCCUGGCCGUCAUCCCCAAGACCAACCGACCGGAAAUCAUGGCCCAGAACCUGGAUUCGGUCAACUUCAACUUGGACAGCGGCGACUUGGCCAAGAUUGCCGACAUGGACUUGAACAUCCGAUUCAACAAGCCCACAAACUACUUCUCCGCCGACAAGCUGUACCUCUUUGGCUAA